AUGGCCCCCUAUGGGGUUCUCUACCAUAAACUCAAGGUCAGAAUUCCCGGUGACAUCAUGAUUGGUGCACUUUUUCCUAUCCACGAACAACCGACAGUGGAAACAGCCUUCUCUAGACAAUGUGGCAACGUGCGAGAACAGUAUGGAAUCCAUAGAAUAGAAACCCUCAUCCGAACCAUUCAGAUGAUCAAUGAGAAUGAGAACAUCCUCCCGAGGAUUCGUCUAGGAGUGGACGCUCGAGACACCUGUUGGUAUGCUCCAAUAGCCCUGGAACAGUGCAUGGACUUUAUUCGAACUGCAUUUAUCUACCGAGAGUACGAAGACUGUCUACAAAUGACAAAUGGAUCGAAUGGGAAGUGUCUACCGCCUGGCGUAUCACCCAGUAGUAUCGAGAUACCGAUUGCCGCGUUGAUUGGACCUGGUUCGAGUGAGAUGACCAAACAGGUACAUCAAGUGCUGCAGCUGUUCUCCAUUCCCCAAAUUGGCUACUCAGCUACUGCCGCGGAAUUAAGUAACAUCGCGGAGUAUCAGUACUUUCUGCGAGUCGUGCCAUCAGACGACUUGCAGGUUGAGGUUAUUGUUUCCCUUUUGAAGAGAUAUGGAUGGACUUACGUGGCUUUAGUGAAUUCUAAUGGAUUCUACGGUGAUCGAGGCAUAGCCGCACUGAGGUAUCGUAUGGAUGAAAUCGGAAUUUGCUCUGAGACGGAGAGGAGCAUCGACAACAAGGAGACAGAGGAAGCUUUUCUCGAGUUAGCGCAGGACAUCUUUAACCCCGACCGAAAGGCCAAAGUUGUGGUGUGCUUUUGCCAAGGCGAAACGGUGGCUGGUUUGCUGAAAGCCAUGGACACCUUACAUCUGCAGGGGAAGGGCUACAUGCUCAUCGGAGCGUAA